AUUUUUUUUAAUAAUUCGUCUACAAUCAUUUACCCAACACCAAAUAAUUCAAAAUCCGUCACCCUCUCUUGUGCUAGGCUUUGGACAUUGUUCAACAAAAACCGAGAACACCCAACUUUUUACAAAUAAUCAACCUUUCCUUUCCCUAACAUGGUGAUGAGAUUCCUUGUUUUUUCCCUACUCAUCUCAGGCAUUCAUGCCAUAUCAAUCUCAGAGUUCAACACGAGUUUCAGUUCAGAAGGUAAAGGCCUAAUCCAGAGCAAUGGACAAGCACAACAACUUCUUGGGAAAUUGUUAUAUGGAAGCAAUGAAGAUGUAACAGAGUUGAAAGAGAAAGUUGAUGAAACUGAAAAUGGGUACAAAGAAGAAGUAGUGAGUACUAGAAGAACAUCACACGGUGGAAGUUCAGGCGGUGGAGGAAAGAAAGGAAAAGCAGGAACCGGUGGCAGUGCAGAUGUUAAUCGCCGGCCACGUCAGAGUUCUGCGCCGUCAAAGCCUCAUUUUUGGAUAUCGAAAUUUAUUCUAUGCGUAAGCUUGGCUUUAGUCACAUUAUUUUCUUUCCACUGGGUCUGAUGUAAUCUGCGCAGAAAAGAACACACGUUGCUCUUUUUUAUUGCUGAUAGAAGUUAUAGACUUCCAAGAAUGAAAAGCUGGGAAAACAUAAAGCGCAAGAUGCAGAGUAAGAUAGAAAGAAAGUAGAUUUCUGUUAUUGCUUUUUCUUUUCCUUUCUCUGCACUCUUAUUUUCAAGACGAACUCUGGAUGGGGAUGACAAUUUCUCUAUGAACUCUGUAGAUUUUUUUGAAGUUUUUAUAUUUUCCCAAUUGUAAUUUUGUUUGAUUUGCUUUUUAUAUUAAGUGUAAUCUGCUUCUUUUCAGUUUUACCAAUCAAUUAAGUUUC